AUGUCGGGAACAGGACCUCCCAUGAUCCCGACGUUGUCGAUCCCAAACAGCAACGACAUGAACAACAACAACAACAACAAGCCCGAAGAGAUCGAAAUGACCGUGUCGCCCGUCCAGUCGCUGGCGACGCCUGCGCAGGCCACCGCCUCGCCGGCCGCGCUCCCGAGCGCUGUCACACCCGGAGGAGCACAGAGCGGCGGUGCGGCCGCUUCCACAUAUCCGGCAGCGUCUCAACAGCAGCAGCAGCUGCAGCAGACCAUGACGCCUGGUCCGUCGGGUCAGAUCGAGGUGGUGCCCACGCCGCCGCCGGUGGUGCAGCCGACGCAGGAGUACUGGGACGAAAAGAUCUGCCUCGAGGUCGAGUACAAUCCGGACCACAGCCUGCCCGAGUCGACCGAGAGCGCGACGCUCGCGUGGCCGCCCGUCGGCCUCCCCGGGGCGGGCGACAGCAGCAGCAAGAGCGCGGCGGCGCCGUCGGACGUCAAGACGGCCGGGCUCAGGAGGUCACCCAGCUCGGCGUCCAUGGUGGCGGAGCCGGCGCCGGCGUACAAGUCGUACAGCGAGGCCGAGGUGGCUCAGAUGGCGGCGACGUACCGCGGCGAGGCGGGCGUGGCGCAGGGCGACGUGCCCAAGCCGGUCGACAAGCCCUUCAUCUGGGGCUACCCGCGCAAGAAGGUCAUGUACGCCGCGGCGGCGCUGGCGCUGGUCCUCGUGCUCAUCAUUGCCAUCUCGGUCGGCGUGGCGGUGGGCGGGGCGGCCAAGAAGGACGCGGGCGCCAACGGUAUCCUGGACAAGGGCCACAUCGCGGCCAUGAACUGGACCGAGGCCAACGGCGUCGGCCACACGGCCGUCGUGUACCAGACCCGCGACAACAGCCUCAUGGUGUCGACGCGCGACUCGCUCAGCAACAUGUGGAAGACGUUCAACGUGACCAAGGACAUCAUGGCCAAGGGCAACCUGACGGGCCUGGACGUGCUCUCGGGCACGCCGCUGACGGCCGUGUCGGACAACACCCAGCACAACAUCUACUACCUAAACUCGAAGCGCGAGGUGCGGGAGCUCUUCUGCACCGUCCCCAACGUCGACAGCUGGAACAUGGGCAUGAUGAGCACUAAAAUCAAGGCGACGGCCGCGCCCGGGUCCCGGCUCGGAUGCACGCGCCAGCUGUGCACAAACUGCUCGCAGAGCCUCUUCAUGACGUGGCAGGACGAGACCACCAACCAGAUCAGGCUGGCCAACUUUACCAACGGCGACUGGGUGGACCAGGGCAGCAUCUUCGAGUCGGCCGCUCCCGGCACCGCCCUCUCCAUGUCUACCUUUACCGACUUCCGAGGCACCGGGCCCUAUGGAGCCGAGACCAACGCCCUGCGGCUGUACAUGGCCGCCGGCACGAACCUGGUGGAGCUGCUGAACGGGCCUCUGAACAACUUUGGGUGGGCGCAGGGCAACUUUGACAAGCCCCUCGCCGCCGGCCUCUCCAUCAACCCGUCGCCCGAGAUCGCGAGCAUCACGUACGGCGCAAACGGAUGGUUCAACAACUUGCUGUCGUACACGGACACGCGCAACCAGCUCAUGUCGGCGGUCUGGCGCGGCGACACGUGGAGCGUGCAGUCGGCCUCGAUCACAAACUUUGACGGCGGCAAGUCGGACGGCAAGACGGCCCAGUUCCAGUCCCUGGCCGCCACCCAGUCCAUGAGCCUGUUUGGGCUCUCGGGCGGCCGCAUCCACGAGCUCACCUCGACCGCGUCGAAUCCCUUCCUGUGGACAUGGGCUGGCGUCGUCAAGACGGCAUGA